AUGGACCGAUCUCAACCAAAACCGUCACCAAGAAACUCACCCACGCAGGGGAAGGUGCCCGAGGUAUACUGGGCAGAUGAUGACCAGGAGGAUGAGCGAGGGAACGCAGAAGACUCGCAGUAUACUUUCUUUCGUGAAGGAUCACCAACACCGCCAGAGUACGAAAAGGGCCUUGCGGCUGAGCGAGCUGCUGCAGGCGGAUCGGUAACUGGAAGUUAUGCGGCCUCUCGUUCGACAGUUGGCGGCAGUCUACCGCCGGCUGAAGAAUACCGAGGCUGUCUCGGCAAGUAUCAACAAAGAUGGGGUAUAAGGAGAGGUGUCCUCUGGGCGAUUGUUAUAGCGGCCAUAUUGCUUGUUAUUGUGCUUCCCCUGAGUGUGGGCCUUGGUGUUGGCUUAUCGAGGUCGUCAAAGUCGUCGUCCAGUUCAACAGCACCCGGACCAUCAAGCUCACAAACUGCCCUUCCUACAUCGACCAUCCAAGACGCUAUCACUAUACCCUCACCCAUGCCCAGUCAUUCUCAAACGGCAGUCUCAACCGCAACAAUCAUUCCAAGUAGCACCACCUCGUCAUCAAUCAACAAACCAAGACCAACAGCCUACUCCGACUGUCCCGCCGCCAACAACACGAUGCACAGGAUUCCCGGGCUGGCAAAAAGCUUUCUGCGCCUUUGCGGAGUCGACUACACCGCAGACGACCUCGGCAACUUCCUCGCCGGCGAUAUGGCCGAGUGUAUCGAUGCCUGUGCGGCCAUGGAGAGGUGUAGCGGCUGCUCUUGGGGCUAUCUGGAUGGUGACAAGGGCAACAAGCACCGGUGCUGGUUGAAGAGCAAUUUGCAGACUGCCAAGGAGCAACCGAGUGAUUGGUGUUUUGCGAUGAUUCAUUGA